CAUGCACGCGCACACACUCUCUCAUAAACGCGCAUACAUGCACACACACAUACUCUCAUAAACGCGCAUACAUGCACGCGCGCACAAAAGUAAUCAAGUGUGUGGAGGAUGCGCCCUGCGUCAAUUGCUUACAAUUGUCUUCAGCGCUGGUAGUCCGGAUCUAGUGGGGCAAGCGUCUGUUGCAUGUAAAGAGUCUAGCAGAGCACUUCAUAAGUUCAUGUUUAAGUAAAUCGACGCGUGGCUUAUUUGAAGGACGCUAAACCACCAUUUAAUACCCACUGACGCCACGGAUCCAAGGGAACACGUUGGAGCCUUAUAAUGAUGUAUCGCUCUUUUUGGGAUACGUUAUUCCUCCUUAGUGGCUAUUUAUUUACAUACAGCCAAGUGCGAGAAAAUGCUACUUCAGCAGCAGCAACAAUGGUGAUGACUCCCACCACUAUAACUGCUACCAACACAACAGCAGUGUCAAGUACUGGUAGAAGCAAGUUCCUAGCAGCAGCAGUCCACUCUCACUUUGCUGACUGUCCUGACUCUCACAGCCAUUUCUGCUUCCACGGCACAUGCCGCUUCCUCAUCCAGGAGGAGACACCAGCGUGUGUGUGCCUCCCAGGCUUCAUAGGUAUGCGUUGUGAGCAUGCAGACCUGCUGGCAGUGGUGGCAACCAACCAGAGCCAGCAGACACUGGCCACCAUAUUGAUGCUGGGCAUAUUGGGCAGUGUCCUGCUUGUGCUGCUUUGCACCAUAAUAAACUUGUGGUGGAAGCGGGGCAGAUGUAGGCGAGGACCUCUGCUUUCCUGUUUGUCAAAAAAACCAAAGGGCAUCGUAAAGAGUGGGACGUCCUGCUGUCACUCAGAGACAGCAGUUUGAAAUGAGUCCAGUGUAGUGCUGUUGGUGUACCUAUGUUCUCCAUUCUGCCACCUGAAAUCCCAAGGAUUAUCCCUGGAUUAAGCUACUGACUCAUGUCAGCAUGCUGAGAACCAAACCAGAUGUGGAAUUCAGAACUUACAUACUCAGUGGAAGUAAACUUAGCCUUUCAGUUUUUAUUUUUUUGUGGAAUGUAAAACUAAAAUGAUGGAAGACGGUUUAUUUCCAAUUUACGGUAACUUCCCAACACAGAUAUUGAUCUCCUGGACUUUCAUACUAUUGUGUUGGAACAGAUUACAGGAGUGAAGAUCCAGUCAGACUUAAGAUCCUGUGAGGAAAAGCUCUGCAGUGAAGGAGUAACGGACUAGUGCUUAAAGCCUGCUCAGCUGGAUAUGAAAAGUAAGAAUGAGAUUCAGAACUCUGAAAAAAAAAUCAUGAAUUAAUGUGCUUAGGGUGCUUGGACAUUCUCGAGACACAGAGAACUAUGUUCAUUUUGACAUGAGAAGUGGACAGCAUGAUAAGAGGAUGAUAAGAGGAAUAUUUUGAUUUUUCAAAUCACAAAAAAGCUUGGAAAAACUAACAAAAUGUUUAUGGCAUGUGACACCAAAAGAGAGAUAGUACUUGUCAAAAGUUUGGAUACACCUACUUGUAGAAAGAUUUUGUUUAAUUUUCCACAUUAGGACUAAAAUAACAAAAAAUCCAAAAAUGUUGAAUUUUACAGGGAACAAAAAUUGCUAAACAAAAAAAAAAAAAAAGAAAAGAAAAUAGUUAUUAACAAGCUUCAUGAGAAAUCUGUGAAGAGUUGGGUUAAUUUCCAAGAGUUCCCAUGUAUGCUGAGCAGUUAUUGGCUGUAGUUUCUAAGUUUUAAAUGAAAACUAUUUAUUUUUGCAUUUGAAACAAAUUUCAAUCAUAUGCCUUUAGAUAUCUUUUAAGAUUAUCAAGACCAGUUACAUGUGUCCAAACUUUUGGUGUGUGGUGUAAUGGAGAUACAGUUUUAAAUGUUUUAGUUAUUCAGGAGUGUCACACGCAGUUAAUUGUUCUAAGAAUGGAAGAAUAAUCUUAGAUAUCUUGGAUCUUAAAUGAUGAUAAUCUUGGAUGAUAAUAAUGGACGAAGAAACAAGGUUUUCAGAGUAUUUUUCAAAUAUAUUAAUAUAUUCAAUAAUGAUAUAUUUACAAAUUAACAGUCAUUGGCAGGCUUCUGAUGAAAACAAUUGGGUCUUGGAAACCAGAGGGUAUUUUAUGCUUAUGUUCUUUAUUAUUAUUGCACUUGAGAUAUUCUUAUUCACAGAUUCCAUUUAAUAACAUAAGUAUGCAUACUUGCCUCACAUACCCUUGAGUUGAGCUUUCUCCUGUUUCAGUUCUUGAUAGUGGAAAGAUCAUUGUUACAAGGUUUUUGACAAUAUUGUAUAACUUCUAAAAUCAGACUCACAACAUGUAUGGUUUUGGCAGAAAUUGCAUUAAUGAUUGAAAGUUUGGGUGUGCACAAGUGUGUUUACACAUAUGCACUAUACACUGUUGCACCGCACUCUUACCCUGAUGGCAAUAGUAAAAUAGACACUGGCUCUUUUCUGGAAAACAAAAUCUGAAACGUGCUAAACAGGCCCAGUCCUUAGUGGGGCCUGAUUUUGAUUAAAGAGUGUUUGUAGAUAUAAUUGUGAUAAAUCCACUAAAUUCACUUCACAAAGCACUAUGUACAUGUUCACUUCUACAUAUAAUCCACACACAUGCUCACACUCAACUAUGUAUACACAUAUAGACAGCCGUGACGGCUUUGUUUCUUAUUUAAAGCUUGUUACUGUUUACUGCAAAUCUAUUCCGAAAAUUUUAGACUCUGAGUUUUAGAAAGUUUUAAACCUUGUUUAACAUUGUGUAUGUUGUCUUAUUGACCCUCAAGCCUUUUGUCAUUGUUCUUAUGUAAAUGUAUGGUGACUAGGUGCAUCCAGAUACUGGUGAAACCUUGAUACUGUUUUAUUCAGUCAUCGGCUUUUGCUGAACCCUAAAACUGCCCAAUGACACAGUAGAUGCAAACAGUCCUGCUUUAUGCACAAGAUGUUCCAAAAUUAGAAAUCAUUAACACGAGUUACAUUACUGUAGUAAUAGUUCACAGUUUUAGGGAAAAUUGAUUGAAUAAGACUUCAUCCAAAGGACCGAGGGAGAGAGUGUUGCUGGCAUUGAGCACUUUAUAUAAAUGAUGUCACUUAAAAAAAACCUGAUUAUUUACUGGAGAAAAAAUUCUAAUCCAAACUGAAAGUAAAGAAAAAAAAAAAGAUGUUAUAUUUAA